AUUCCCCUACAUGAGGCAUGGUGGGACACGUGGCUGGGAGUGGGGAGUGCCUACAGUCCAGCUGUGCACAGAGGUCAGAAUCAGGGCUCCAUGUAGCAAGAACAGAGCCAGAUGUUAGGUUUUAUGGCAAAGAAAUGUUCUGAGAGCUACACAACAGAGAUGCUCCCUGUAAACUUUGUUUCUGCUCCAUUCUGCCCCUGGAGCUGAUGGCCCGGCUUUGUCAGAGCCACUAAAGACAAAGCUCCACAAGGAAUCAUUUGUUCCCACCACUUAAUGAGUUUUAUGUGCUGUCCCCGUGCCACAUAGGCAGAUUGCCCCCCUUUGAUGGAACAGCCACUCCAGCUUUCCUGUAAAACCAAUGGAUUUUGGAGAGCAAUUCUAAAAUAAGGAUCUUCACCUGCGAUCCUGUGCUGAAUGCAGUCCUGCCCAGCCCAUGCUGCUCCAGCAGUUUUCACCAUCUGUGAUGGACCUGGCACCUGCAAAAGGAGCCGUUCCCACUCAAAUGCUCACCUAAGCACCAUUCCCUUACUGAGGAGCUGAACAAACCUUGGCAGUUGUUCAUUUUGGUCCAUAGGAAGUCUCUGCUAGGAAAGUUUCCUUUUGGAAUAGUUUUGGAAGGAGUGUUGACAACCUGGAUUUCAUUAAGCCUCUAAUAACCACCUGGCUGAGGUGCAGCAUCCUGAAAUCAGAAAGAACCUGAAAAGAUCAGUGAGAGCAGAGGUCCCCUGAAAACUUCAGGAAGCUGCUGAGAUUCAAAUAGUUGAAGAUUUCCAGGUGUGGAAUCUCCUGGAGGGAGAUUCUGGGAAGCAUCUCUGCGAGGAGCAGCCACUGGUAGAAGGAGAUAUGUUUUCCCUACAGAGUUGCUGGGCGUUCCCUGGGCUGCAGCUGAGCCUUGUCACUGCUGGGAUCCACUUGUGGGAUACAGGCCCCAUCUCUGGCACAUCAGAAACCAAAUUUGCCCCCUUCCCAGUGGGAGGGGCUGGAGUACACAGGCAGCUUCUGAAGUACCAGCCCUUGUCCUUCAUGCUCAGCUGGGCAGGGGCUCGACUGUGAGCUCUGAACUGCUUCAAAGAUAUCCUUGUUUCUGCAGAGAGUUUAGGGUUUAGGAAAGACCCGGCAAGGAUUUAUGUGUCAUCGUGUUCCAUGACUGGUAAAUCCUUCAAUGAGUCAUCCAAUGGGGCAAAGAGGCAAAGGUUGAACCACGGCAAUCCACAGCCAGCCGGUGUUUUUCGAUGCCAUAAAGUGGUGAACUCAGACAAGGGCACAGGGCAGAACACAGAGAAGAUCAGCUUAGUUGGAAAAGGGGAUUUUUCAGCAGCUGGCAGCUCACCAUGGCUAUUCCUCACUGGCUCCUCCUGUCUGCGCUCCUCCUGCUGCCCCUCUUGGCACAGGUUUCGGCACAGGAACCAGGAUGUUCUGUCAGUAACAGCAAACCAAGCGUUCCUGAAAAUGCAUGUCCUUACAUGGUGACCACCAUCCACGUGGAGCCAGGGUUCACCCUAACAAUUGAUCCCAAUUUCCCCGAUGGCCAAUUCUUCACCAUUGAGGGCUCCGAGCUGUGGCUGACAAAGUGUGUGGACUAUGAGGAAGACCCCGCACUGCUGGUGUACCUGAUCUGCAAGGACCCUGCUGGCCAGAGUGAUUCCUUGGAAAUCCUGGUCACCAUUCUGAACGAGAACGACAACAGCCCUGUGUUUGCACAGCCAAACCUCACCAGGGACGUUCCAGAGGAUACACAAGUGGACACAACCAUUGUAACCCGUGAAGAAUUAAGUGCCACUGAUGCUGACCUGGACACCAUCUACUAUGAACUCACUACCACAGUGCAGGACACAGACGGUUAUUUUGCCAUAAGAGGAGUUAAUAACCCAGAAAUUUAUUUACAAAAAGCAUUGGACUAUGACAAAUUUAAUUCAACAACGUUGCUCCUGUAUGCGAGGGACAGGCCUGUGUCCAGCCUCGACCACACCAACACGGCCACUGCGACAAUAACCAUCGUCAUCAAGCAGAGUGACACCCGGGCACCCUGGUUCCUGCCCUGCAACCAUGUCCACAAUGACACCAGCGUCUGCAUCAGCAGCCCCUACUCCGGCAGGGUCAACAUCUCCGAGAUGUCGACAGACCCGCUCCUCCUGGAGCCAGGACCCCUCUAUGCUGUUGACCCUGACUACACCAUCAAUGACAAGAUCAUGUACAGUAUUGUUGGGGGGAAUAAAGACGAAGUGUUCUCAGUGGGUGCAGACACAGGGAAUCUAACCAUGAACAAGAUAGUGACUUCCCCAGAUUCCUUUCUGUUGCAAGUGAUGGCCACCCAGAUCAGCAACAUAAGGAAAUACUCUGUAGCCACUGUAGAGAUCAAGGUCAUCAAUAAAAGUGAUUAUCCACCCUACUUCGAGAAGGGGCUCUACAACGGGACGGUGUUUGUUGGGCUGCCCCAGAGAAGCUUCGUCUACCAAGCUGGGGAUCCUUCCACCCCUCUGGUGAUAACAGCAAUGGAUAACGAUUUCCCUGAUAAAGUCAACCCCAACAUCGAGUACUAUCUCAAAAACAGCACCGAUUUCACCGCAACGAGGGAUGGGCUCAUCCUGACCAACAGGGUGCUGGAGUCCCCAGGAACCGUGACCAUCCAGGCUGUUGGAAAAGAUGUGUUGAGCCUGCAGGAGGCAAGCACCAUAAUUGUCGUGGAGGUCAUCCUUGCCACAGCUGUAACCCCCUCUGACAAGAUGUACUCUGCUCAGGACAUGGCUAUCUUAGGGGGCACGUUAGCAGCACUGCUGUUAGUUGCCUUAGUCUUCCUUGGAGUGCUGGUAUGGAAAUCCAGUAGAUGCUAUGGAAAACCUGUCAAAUACGUGGUGAAGAAAAAGCUCUCCAAGGAAAUCUCUGGGGGUCACCAGAACAAAUAUUACCAGGAAGAUGAACAGCCAGAUGUGAGCACCAAGCAGUGUGAGACGUCAGAAACCAGCAGUGUCCAGGCAGAGACUCCUGUGCCAGAGCAGCCAGCACUUUCCUUGCCCUCCUCCAGUGCAGAGGAAAUGGAGAGUCUCCCAAAAGGCUCCAUAGCUUCCACUGUCAUCUUCGACCAGGAAGAGAAAGAGGAAGAAAAGGAAGAAGAGGCUGGACAGGAGAAAGAAGUGAAGUCAAUCCUCAAGACAGACAGGCACAUGGCAGAUGAUGGCUACAAAGCUGUGUGGUUUAAGACUGAUGUGGACCCCGAGGCUGGAGAGAGGGUUGAAGUGAUUGAGAACAAUGCAGCAGAUGAUGAUGGUGGUGAUGAGAGUGACCAAGAUCUGCAGAAGAAUGAGGAGGAGGAGGAAGAAGGUUCUGACACAGGUGGUCACCACUGGGGGCUGGGAGUGUCCUUUGCCUCAGAGAGCUCAUCACCCGCUGCAGCAGAGGUGACAGUCAACACGUCUCACACCGGUGCAGGGACAGAUGAUUCUGAGAUAUAAUGGAAAUUGGGAACAUACCCCCAAAACGGGGACAAUCUCAGCUUCUUUGUUGACAUGAAGCCCAUCUUUCUGCUCAGGGGGAAAACUGGAAUGCAGAAGGGUGAGGUUGUCUGUCCUGCUUGUCUGAAUGCAGCAAAUAAGGCCUGAAGAGAUUACAGCUAAUUUAACCCUUUCGUGAGACCUUGGACUAUCACUUAGGAUUUUCAGGGUGAAGCGUUUCAUCUUUCCACCUUCCUGCCUGUGCCCCCUGGGCCCCUUGACAUCACCUUUCCCAAACUGGCUGCAGGUGCCACUGACCUGGCCUGGCAGCAGCGAGCCCAGCUCACCAGGAGCAGCUGAGCUGCACAGUCCAGCGUUGUUUGGCUCUUCCCUUUAGGGUGCUGCAGCUGGGUGUCAGCAAGUCCCUCUGAGCCUGCAGGUGCUCCUGUGACUAUGCAGGAGCUGACUUCAGGGCUCAGCUCCGCCCUGUGCUCCCAGCACAAGCAGCUGGGAUGUGCCACCAGGUCCUUGUCCUGCCAGCCAGGAGGUUCCAUGCUCAGGACCCGCUGUUUCCUUUGUCACUGCUAAACAAGGACUGAUCACAUGUUCUUUACUGAAGGACUUUGUCAUCAAUUUUCUAUGUCAUAAACCCACUAAUUGUGCAGUACUUUAGCUGUCUAUCUGCUGUCAGGCAAAAGAGGCUUUUAUCCUCUUGGGCCAUACCUGUCCCAGUACUCCCAUGCUCAGUCCUGCUCUCCUGUCUCUGAGGAAUGCUGCCCUGGCUGCCUGGACUUCAGGAGCUGUGUUUGUGCUGAAGAUCAAGCCCAGGACCUGGGAAGCUUCCCUACUUCCUGCAGCAAAGCUGUUUGCCCGGGAAUUACAGUGCGAUAACGGAGGGCGGGGAGCGCGCCCUGUGUUUGCCGUGUAAACAGAGUCCUUCCAGCAGCUUUGGGGUAUCUCCAGGAAGCAUUUCCCACAGGACUCUGAGAACUCUCCAGCAGCUGCUCACUGCCAGCCCUCUGGCCACCAGCAAGGCCGAGCCUGCCUGCCCCCUGUGCUGAUGCUGCUGAUGGGGGAGAGGCUGGAGUGCUUCUCCUCUGCUCGGUUUCCUUGGUGGCUGUGCCGUGUGUGGUCCAUUCCUGUCAGUGCUCUGCUGUCUGUCUGCCUUCCCUCUGCUGCUGUGUACUCUGGGUUUCUGCUGGCACACUGAUUUAUGAGCUCCCUGCAGCUGCCAUCUGUGCUCUGCUUGUGGUGCUUUCCUUCCCCUCACCAGUGUGCUUCCCAUGCUGUUGGAAUGGGACUGGUCCCAUCAAACCAGUCUUUGUUUUCUCCCAGGUCUUCUCAGUGCACACAGCCGCAGUAUUUGGUGGUUUUCAGCGUUAUGGGUGUUUAAUUUCAACGGAGAUGAUGUUUGGUAAAUAUUGUGUCUGUGGAAGUGGUUGUUGCUGUGAGGAGAACUAAUAAAACUUGGCAGCAGGCAGAGCUCAGCUGUUUCCAGCUAUUGCCUGUUAAAGCCUCC